UUCAGGCAGACACACAGACAAGGAGGGAGGAAGACACUAUCAGAGGAAUCACUAUAAAACGAAAGAGACAUGCCUGAGCCCCAGAAGCCAGAAGCCGAGGGCGAUAAGGCUGCAGCAGCCCCUGCUGACACGACGGAAUUGCCUCCUGAUGAAAAUGUACCAGGGGAGGAUCCUCAGCUCUCCGAAGUGAGCGGCAUUUUUGUGGAGAAGCCGCAGAGUGUCACGGCAACAAAAGGCAAGGACGUCACGUUUGUGGCUAAAGUUGACUCCUCCAACCUGUUGAGGAAGCCCACCAUGAAAUGGCUGAAGGGGAAGUGGCUGGACCUGGGCAGCAAGGCUGGAAAGCACGUGCAGUUCAAAGAGGUCUACGACAGGAACACCAAGAUCUACACUUACGAGAUGAGCCUCAUCAAAGUAGUGGAUGGAGACGCAGGUGGCUACCGCUGCGAGGUCACCUCCAAAGACAAGUGCGACAUCUGCACAUUCGAAGUCUCCGUGCAGGCUGUACAAGAGGAGCAGCAGGACAACAUCUUGGAGUCGUUUAAACGAUCUGGAGAUGCUGGUGAGGAUGCUGGUGAUCUUGACUUCAGUGCGCUGCUCAAGAAAAGGGAGAAGAAACACAAGGAGGUUGUUGUAGAAGACGUGGAUGUGUGGGAUAUCCUGAAGGAGGCCAAGCCCUGUGACUAUGAGAAGAUUGCCUUUGAGUACGGCAUCACAGACCUGAGGGGCAUGCUGUCGAUGCUGAAGAAAAUGAAGAAGAAGGUGGAGCCCAAGAAGAGUGAUGCUUUCCUGAAGAAGCUGGAUACAGCCUACUCAGUGGAAAAAGGCAAAAGGAUCCAUCUCACAGUGGAACUAACUGACCCCAACGCUCCAGUCAAGUGGCUCAAAAACGGACAGGAAAUCAAACCAUCAGCCAAGUAUGUGUUUGAGAGUGUGGGCAACAAGCGGACACUCACUAUCAACAAGUGCAACCUGUCAGAUGACGCAGCAUACGAGUGCGUGGUCGGGGAGGAGAAGAGCUUCACGGAGGUCCUUUUCAAAGAGCCCCCUAUCACCAUCACCAAGCUGCUGGAUGACGUUCACACUAUUGAGGGUGAGAAGGUGGAGUUUGAGGUGGAAGUGUCCGAGGAAGGGGCCAACGUCAAAUGGAUGAAAGAUGGAGUUGAGCUGAACAGAGAAACUGCAGGUUCAAAGUACAGGUUCAAAAAGGAUGGGAAGAAGCACACUUUGGUCAUAAAUGAAGCAACUAAAGAGGAUAUUGGAAUGUAUUACGUGUUCACCAACGGUGGAGAGUCGAAAGCUGAACUGGAUGUUGAAGAAAAGGAGCUGCAGAUUCUGCAGAACAUAGCUGACCUGACGGUGAAGGCUGCUGAACAGGCUGUGUUCAAGUGUGAAAUGUCUGACGAAAAGGUGACAGGGAAAUGGUUCAAGGACGGUGUCGAAGUUCAGCCCACUGAUCGCAUCAAAAUGACGCACAUUGGAAGGACCCACAAGCUGACGAUUGAUGAAGUGAAGCCCUCGGACGCUGGGGAUUAUACGUUUGUCCCUGAUGGCUAUGCACUGACUCUUUCUGCCAAACUCAACUUCCUGGAAAUUAAAAUUGACUAUGUUCCCAGAGAAGAUCCUCCAAAAAUUCACAUGAACACCAGUAGCAGCGGCGACAAGAACACCAUCAUGGUGGUGGCUGGAAACAAACUCCGCUUUGACGUUGAGAUCACAGGAGAGCCGGUGCCCACUGUGUGUUGGAUGAAAGGAGAAGAAUUGGUGUCUGAGGGCGAGGGAAGGGUCCGCGUGGAGACAGAGAAAACCCUGAGCAGCUUUGUGAUUGAGGGGGCGGAGAAAGAAGAUGAGGGCUGCUACUCCAUCACCGUGACUAACCCUGCUGGAGAGGACAAGGUCGAACUCUUUGUCAAGAUCGUGGAUGUGCCCAACCCUCCUGAGAAUGUCACAUGCACAUCAGUUGGCGAGGACUUUGGCAUGAUCACAUGGGACCCUCCUGCAUUUGACGGUGGAGUUCCCAUUAAAGGGUACCUGAUGGAGAAGAGAAAGGUUGCCUCAACCAGAUGGACCAGGAUCAACUUUGAUGUUUAUGAGUCCACCACAUAUGAGGCUAAGAAGAUGAUUGAAGGUGUUCUUUAUGAGAUGAGAGUGUUUGCAGUCAACGGCAUUGGCAUCUCUCAGCCAAGUGCAAACUCAAAGCCCUUCAUGCCCAUUGCCCCCACCAGCGAGCCCACUCGUCUCAUGGUGGACGAUGUGACAGACACUACCUGUGCGCUCAAGUGGCGUCCUCCAGAGAGAAUCGGAGCAGGCGGCAUCGACGGAUACAUCAUUGAAUACUGCGUAGAAGGAAGUGAUCAGUGGGUGCAGGCUAAUGAGGAGCCAGUGGGGAAGAACCAGUACAGGGUGAAAGGUCUCCCAGUGGGGGAGAAGAUGCUGUUCAGAGUGGUGGCUGUCAACGUCGCUGGACGCAGCCCCCCCGCAACCCUCUCCCAGUCCGUCACUAUCCGAGAGAUCAUGGAACAACCAAAGAUCCGUCUGCCUCGCCAUCUGAGGACCAAACUGAUCAAGCUCGUGGGUGAUAAGGUGAACAUAGUCAUCCCCUUCCAGGGUAAACCUCGCCCUGUCGUGACCUGGUUUAGAGAUGGCAUUCUCCUGGAGGACAAAACAGUGGGGACUCGUACCAGUGACGUGGAUUCUAUCCUCUUUAUCCGCUCCGCUGAGAGAAACCACUCUGGAAAGUACACACUGUCCGUUCAGGUUGAGAACAUGUCGGACAGCGGUGACAUAGACAUCCAGGUUGUAGAAAGGCCAGGCCCUCCUAUUGAUGUGCAUGUCACAGAUGUCUGGGGUUUCAAUGCUGCGCUGGAGUGGAAGCCACCCAAAGACGACGGCAACUGUGAGAUUAUCGGCUACAGUGUUCAGAAGGCUGACAUGAAGACUAAGGAUUGGUUCACAGUCUUUGAGCACAACCGCAGGCCCAGCUGCACUGUGUCUGACCUGGUCAUGGGGAACGAGUAUACCUUUCGAGUGUUCAGCGAAAACAUCUGUGGCCUCAGCGACGUUUCUGGCAUCAGCAAGAACACUGCCACUAUCGCCAAAACAGGUUUGGACAAUAACCGUCCACCCUUCAAAGAUAAGGAUGUGAGCCAUUCCCCCAAGUUUACAGCGCCCCUGGUCAACAGAAUUGUGGUUGCAGGUUACAGCGCAGCCAUCAGCUGUGCUGUCCGUGGCUUCCCUAAGCCAAAGAUCAUCUGGCUGAAGAACAAUAUGAUCAUCGGUGAAGACCCCAAGUUCCUGAUGCAGAACUACCAGGGCGUGCUGACUCUUAAUAUCCGAAGGCCAGGCUUGUUUGACGGGGGCAAAUACUCCUGCAGGGCCGUCAAUGAUCUCGGUGAAGACGAGGUGGAGUGCAAGCUGGAGGUUCGAGUUGCACAAGAGAAAGGAACGGAGACGAAGAACUGAGCGACAGCACGAAACAGCGGAGGAUACAGUCGAACAGGAAUAGUAAUGGAUUAUGUAUAACAGGAUAGUCAUGAAUAAAUAUAAUUAGAAUAGAUCACUGGCGAGGCUCUAAAGCCAAUCCUGCUGCACCCCCCCCCCCCCCCCCCCCCCUUAUCACCGCAGCUAUGACGAAUGCCACAUCAGUAAUAUGCCGUUAAUUUUUACAGCAAGCUGCCACCCUGUCACACUCUGACUGACUGAGAGAAGCCACCAUGUACUGUAGUAGCACUGCCCCUCUGUGAGCACACACAGAUGGAUCCUUCUUCUCUGUCACUGAACACACUUAUAAAACAGC